AUGAUGGGAGCUACGUCUGUCUCUGCAUUUAAAACUACGUAUACAGAGAAACAUACGUUUUAUGCCGCUGAAAAUCGCGCCCUAAAACAAUUUGCUUUCAUUUCAACCUAUAUUGUGCGAUCUCGCGUCGUCUGCGGACGGGAUUGCAGCAUGGAUGAGCGUUGCAAGUCUUUUAACUUUAACGACUGCAGUAAAAUGUGCGAGUUGAACCUUGCCACAAGACGAGAGCAUCCCGAAGACUUCAAUGCAACUCAAGGGAGUGUGUACUUUGAUACAGAUGAGAACACACCUCUAUACUCACUGACUGAUAGCUCCUUGAGUCGCUACAGAAGUUGCAAGAUGCUCUUAGAUGCCGGUUAUUGUUCAAGCGGUAUCUACACAAUCUACCCAGAGGGAUUCGGUAAUGGCGGUCUUCGUGUAUACUGUGACAUGGCAACUGACGGCGGGGGAUGGAUCGUGUUUCAGAGGCGACAAGAUGGCAGCGUGGACUUUUACCGUAACUGGACCGAGUACCAGUCUGGCUUUGGCGAUCUGUCUGGUGAGUUCUGGUUGGGCAAUGACAACUUGGUGACUCUGACGUCUGAUGAUUCACGUGGAACAUGGGAGCUACGAGUUGAUUUAGAGGACUGGGAGAACAACACGGCAUGCGCAAAGUACCCAGAUUUCCAAAUAUCCCCGGGUGAGUACAAUCUGAAUAUUGGCCAAUACGAUGCCAGCAGCACGGCCGGUGACUCUCUUGCUCUUGAGCAUCACACAUUUUCCUAUUGGGAUCACAGAGGAAGUCCUUUCACAACAAGGGAUCGUGACAAUGAUCUAGCAGAUGAGGACACACCUCUCUACUCACUGACUGAUAGCUCCAUGAAUCGCUACAAUAGUUGCAAGAUGCUCUUUGAUGCCGGUUAUCGUUCAAGCGGUAUCUACACAAUCUACCCAGAGGGAUUUGGCAAUGGCGGUCUUCGUGUCUACUUGGUAUAA